AUGGCCAGCCGUGAAAGCGUAUUAGUGAGCAUUUUGAAGCAUUUAACUGACGGAGAGCUGCUUUACUAUCAGAGCAAAAUGCCAAAAUACGAGUUGGAGGAACAAAUCAAAAGUAUGCGCAAGGUUGUCGAGGAAUACAAGGAUUUUGAUCCGGAGAUUGAUGAUGAGUGUCGUUUUGCAAUUUUUAUUAUUCUAGAACGGAUAAAAAAUGCCAUUUUACUCGAAACAAAGGUACAAAAAAUAGUUGAAGAGGAAUGUCAUAAAUUUGUCUAUGCUCUGAAUAAGACGCUUUCGGAAGUUAAGACAAUGUUAGACGAAUCCGCUGAGGCGGAGGACGAAUCCAUGUACGAUAUUAAAAAUGGAGUGAUGGGAGCAACGACUAAAACCAAGCAGAAACGUACCAACUAUCCUAAACAGAUAUCCAAAUUGCUAAAGUCAUGGUUGCGAGAUAAUAUUAAUAAUCCUUAUCCUACAGAGAAAGAAAAACAGUUUCUUUGCGACAGGACAGGUUUGGAUCAUACGCAGAUAAAUAACUGGUUCAUUAAUGCUCGGCGUAGGAUCUUACCAUCCUUACGGCAAAAGCAUCAUAGUGUUGGAUGAUUGAGAGUUGAGAUGUCUGUUUUUAAUAAAAAGUCUUCUAGU